AUGCCUUCCUUGCCUUUCACCACAGCAAGGAAAGCCCGGUCGUCGCCAUCUUGGCUGACAUAUAUGACACAUUCGAACGGAGAGAGAAGAAAGAUACCAGUCACGAGUGGAAGGCAUGAUCCUGAAAGACGAAUUGAAGACUUGUCUAAGGUCCAAAAAGAGUUUGUCUCAGUAGUUGAGCGAGAUCGAAGCAAACAUGAGGUGGAAGAGGAGGACAAGGAAGAGGAGGACAAGGACAAGUGGGUUGUGUGGUUUGAUGGAGCAUUGAAUGCCUUAGGCCAUAGGGUUGGAGAAGCUUUGCUCUCUCCCGAUGAUCAAUGCAUACCCUUCACAGCCAGACUGGGUUUCGACUGCAUGAACAACAUGGCCGAGUAUGAGGCAUGUGCCCUUAGAGUCCAAGCGGCCAUUGACUUUGGCUUCAAGCGGCUCAAGGUCUAUGGGGACUCAGCUCUGGUAAUUCACCAACUGAGAGGGGAGUGGGAGACUAGGGAUCAUAAGUUGAUACCCUACCAGGCUUACAUCAAGAAAUUGGAUGAAUUCUUCGAUGAUGUCUCCUUUCACCAUGUCCCCCGAGAGGAAAACCAAAUGGCUGACACGCUUGCCACAUUGUCAUCCAUGUUCCAGCUAACUCCGCACAGAGACUUGUCGUACAUCGAGUUCUGGUGUCGCGGCAAGUCCGCUGCCGUGCAUUGCUAUCAGAUAGAAGAGGAGCAGGAUGGUAAACCAUGGUAUUUUGACAUCAGGCGAUAUGUCGAGAAUAAGGAAUACCCACCAGAGGCCUCCGAUAAAGACAAGAGAACAUUAAGAAGGUUGGCGGCUGGUUUCUUCUUGAGUGGGAACGUGCUGUACAAGAGGAACCAUGAUAUGAUUUUACUCUGGUGCGUAGAUGCUAAGGAGGCUGAGCAGAUGAUAGUGGAAGUCCAUGAGGGCUCUUUCGAAACACACGCCAACAGGCAUGCCAUGGCUAGAAAGAUCUUGAGGGCGGGGUACUAUUGGCUCACCAUGAAGAACGACUGUUGUCUCCACGUGAGAAAAUGCCAUAAGUGCCAGACGUUCAUAGACAACGUCAACGCUCCAUCGAUACCCCUAAAUGUCAUGGCUGCGCCAUGGCCCUUCUCCAUGUGGGGAAUAGAUGUCAUCGAGGCCAUCGAGCCCAGAGCCUCAAACGAGCAUCAUUUUAUCUUGGUAGCAAUCGACUAUUUCACCAAAUGGGUCAAAGCUACCUCAUACGCCAGCAUCACAAGGAAGACUUCGGUGCGCACUUCAACUGGGGCAACGCCAUUUUCAUUGGUGUACGGAAUGGAAGUUGUACUACCAUUCGAGGUGGAGGUUCCAUCCUUGCGGAUUUUGGCAGAGUCCGGUUUGAAAGAAUCGGAGUGGGCCCAAAUGCGCUUCGACCAACUCAACCUUAUAGAGGGCAAACGGUUGACGGCUGUGAGCCAUGGGCGUCUAAACCAAAGACGAGUAAAGAAUUCUUUUGACAAGAAGGUACGCCUAUGCAAUUUAACAAGGGAUAACAGGGGAAAAUGGGAUCCGAAUUACGAUGGACCUUUCGUCAUAAAGAAAGCAUUCUUGGGAGGAGCAUUGGUGCUUGCCAACAUGGAUGACAUCGAGUUUCCAUUGCCCGUGAACGCCGAUGUCGUCAAGCAAUACUACGCAUGA